CAGUAUUUCAUCUACCCUAGUACAUUCACCUCCCCAUAAUUUCACUACCCAGGUGUAUUACAGUGCUAUAUACAACCACUACAGUUCGUACAGCACAGGUAGCUUUAGGGAGCUAUACCUUCAAACUGGGGUCAGAUGGGUUCCCAUUUGCGAAUCCAUUCGUCAUGAGCUCCUGGAUGAAUGAGGCCGCUGCCGUGCAAAAUCACAAUGGCAACGGCUUCCCACACAUGAACGAUCCUAAUAAUAUGGGAGCCGGCGGAGGAAUGGCCGGAGCGCCGGGAGGCAUGAUGGACCCGUCGGCUUUUAUGGCCAACGCUGCCCAGUUCAAUCCCGUCGCUGCUGGUCAGUUUAAUCCUCAACAGAUGGCCGCUGCUAUGCAAAAUGGCCCGAUGCGCAAUGCCUCGCCCUCUUUCUCGAAUCCCGCUUAUCAAACCAACCCCGUCAUUCCCUCGAAACGACCUCGCCCCCGAGAAGAUAGCAUUGGCGCAUCGCCGCGACAAAAUCCAAAUAUGCUACCGACCUCGCGCGCCGACACGCCUCAGCAGUCGCCUUUUCCGGGUUUCCAACCGAAUGCGAUGCAACCGCAGAAUCCCGCUCAAGCUCAACAUUAUCCUCAUCUACAACCUAAUGGCUCGGCGAACGCGUCGCCAUCGCCCGUUAUGGCCGGGAACCAGCUGAGACCCGGAAGUGUGCCUCAACGCGUUAAUACCGCGUCGCCGCAUCCCUUCUCACCAGCCUCUCAGCAAUUCGGUCCCCAAGCAUCACCAGUUCCAUCAGAUCACGGCAAUACCCCCCAACCGAAUAUGUUUAUGAAUCCGCAAAAUUUCCCCCAGGGCUUCAAUACAGGCUUUACGCCUACUCCGUCACCCGCUAGACCGCCCUCAGCUCAAAACCCUAUGUCGCAAUCGAUGAUACCGCAGCAAAUGCCUCAGAUGCAUCCUAGCCAGAUGCUCUCAGCCCAGCAAAUGCACCAGAUGCAACAAAUGCAAGCAAUACACGCGGCGCAAGGACGGGGCGCGAUGGAACAACAACAAAAGAUGUUAUAUCAGAUGCGAAUGCAACAACUUCAACAAAGUGGAAUGCCAAUGGGCGCACAAAUGCAGGCCCAGAACAUGGCUCAAGGUCGGGGUAUGAUGCCUAAGCAAGGAAUGCCAAUGCAGAACGGCCAGAUGCCUCCGGGUGCUAUGCAUGCUCAUCAACAGCAACCCCAACCACAACCUCAACAGCAACCGCCGCAACAAAUACCACGAGCCAAUAACCCUGAUGGAUUUCUAAAGAACUUGACUACAUUUAUGAAUAUGAAGCAACUUCCUUUGGAUACGAAUCCCAUUAUUGAUGGACGACCAUUAAACCUCCUUCAACUCUUUCAGAUGGUUUCUAAGUUUGGUGGAUAUCGAAAUGUUACCGGCCAUAAUAUGUGGAUGCAAGUCGCCGCCUCGGUUGGCUUCAGCGCACAACAGUCAAACCCAUCGGCACCGGCUCAAGUCAGGAACAUUUACGAACGGAAUCUUUUAAAAUUUGAAGAAGCAUGGGCGAUGCAACAACGAAGCCAACAAAUGAAGCACCAGUCAGGUGGUCCUGCUGGUAUGCCCGGUGCUCCGGGUCAAGGUGUACCACAGAGAAUGAAUCAAAUGCCACCCAACCAACAUAUACAGCCUGGACAGGUCCCCCCACAACAGCCUCACGCACAAACGCCCGUCAAGCAAAUGGCACCAGCGCCAAUACAGCAAGCUAAUGUUAAUGGAUUUUCAACACCACAACAGCCUAGGAUGAGCCAACCGCAACCAAACGCAGGCCAAGGACACAUGAGAAACAAUUUGUCGCGGACCAUUGAUACCAGGCAAACGAGCGGAGAAUUCCCAAUGCCCUCUCCGGCACCGGUUAGCAAAGGUGGCAAUAUUUCCGUACAACCUCCCACCCAGGUGGGUGGCGCGCAUACUAAUGGCGCUACGAACCUGCCCUUUCCUGGCCCAUUCUCGUCAGACCCCGACGAGUACGCACCUUGUUCUCGGGAGAUGCUUCCUGAGUUAUACGGCGGCUUCGAUCUAGAGUCAAUACGUAAACUAGGCAAUGAUCUAGAAAGAUGGAGGCCAAACAUACCGCAACCGCAAGAACUUGGCAACAUCGAUAUCCAAGCUUUGACGAAAAGUAUUCAAUGUGGUAUACAUGGCGAAGUACGGUUAGCUCUCGACACUCUCGGGUCUAUCACGCGCGCAUCCGAGUAUCUGCAAGACCUAUCAAUUGACCUACGAAUGUGUGAUGACUUGAUAGAGUCCCUCAUAGACUGCGCCGAAGAACAAGUUGAUCUACUCGCUGAAAAGGCCGACUUAGUCUCGGAUGAGAUAGAUUUAACCUCGUAUGAGGAUGUAAUGAGAAGCUGCCGCCUCGAAGCAAUAAGUCUUCGAAAACCAAACAUACUUGGAGAAAUCGAUUACGAACUUCAACAUGCGGCCGAUCGUUUAAUAGCAAUCACGACAAUUCUACGAAACUUCUCUUUUAUGGAGGUCAACCAAGCAAUCCUAGCCGACGAGAUUGUCGUCAAAUUCCUAUGCGGCGUGAUCCGGUCUCUGGGUACACGCGAGAACUUAUUACGGGCACCAAGAAAUACUCUUGACUUCAUGAAAGACGUUAUUAUUUUCUUAUCCAAUGUCUCUGGCUCUAUUGAGAUACCCGGACGCGAGCAAGCAUUAUGUCUUCUCCAGUUUCUAUUAGCAUUUGCCCCAUCUCCACCCCCUUCAUUAACCACCGAGAGAGUCGUUUUCUCACCUUUCGAGCCACGAGUCCACCCAUAUCUACCACAUGCCAUCGAUUCCCUAGCCAAGUUAUUAGCACGCGAUGAGCCGAACCGAUCGCAUUAUAAGAUUAUCUUUGCUUCCGACGCUUCGGCCUCACCUCCCUAUGAACUUCUCACGCGGACCUUCGGCCUCGCUGUCUCCCCUAUCCCGGAUCAGAAUAAAGAGACUCGUCCCGCAAACCUACCUUCGUUCGUCGAAGCGCGUAAAGCAUUGCUUAUGCAAGGUUUACUCGCAGCUGAUAUUAUUGCCCAGCUUGCCCCAGGAUAUGAGUCCGGAGUCACACGGGCUUGGCUUUCUUCGGGCGAAGGAUUUGCGCAGAAUCUUUUCCGACUUAUUCGCACGCUUUGCACACAAGCAGAACCGACACCACGCGUAGGCGGCAAUGCUAGAAGUCAACACCGUGAGGAUGUAGAUAUUUAUUAUAUCAUCACCUGCGGCGUUUCUACCUUGAGGAGAUUAGGGGAGAAGGCUAGAGAUCCGAAUAACCCAGCCAGUAUUCCUCCAAACGCCCUUCCCACGAGAGAGAGCCUUUUCGGAGCGUUGCAGAGCCUCAAGAGUCCAAAGUGGGCGACAUUACUGAAUCAACUGAGUACCUAUGCAGGGUUGGAAGGUUGAAUGAUUCAUUAAUACUUAUAUGAAUCGCAACCUGAGUAAUUAGACGACUGGGAAAUGGAGCAAUUUG